CUAGAUACUCGAAACUAUGAAAUGGACGGAGGUACAUGUUGUAAAAUUAACACUCUACAGAUUAUGCAAAGCAAAAUUCUGAACCGAAAGUCAAACUUUGGUUGAAAUUUAUGCUGAACUCCAAAAAAAUUUGACACAGAACAAUGCAAGGCUCCAAAAUGCUUUGGUUCGGUCCAAACUUUCCAUAUUACCGAGCUUUUGGAAAUAGCUCAAGAGUUCCUUAUAAUGCAAUUUUUAAAUCUAUUAACCACAAGGGUUUGUUGGAGGCAGCUCACAUAUAAAUGAUGGCUUCCAGGAGAGAAGCUGAGAAUACAAGGUUCAUCCAUGGUCUUGGUGUUAAGAGGAUGAGAAUCUGCUGGAACAGCAUUAUCAGUGAAGAGAAAGAAGGGGAUAUUUUGCAAAGAUUUUCAAGUACAAGUGAACAGCCUUAUACAAACUGGCUCACACUUGGUAUUGGGCCAUGGAGACAAGAUGGCUCAGGCUCAAGCAAGGGUAAAGCAACGGCUGCAGAGAAGAAAAGUGAUUCUGGAUCAACUGGACUUUAUACCAAUUGGCUUACCCUUAAAACUGGCUCAUGCACAGAGGAUGGAUCAAGCAAGUGUAUACAUGCCAUGGAGAAAGUUGAGAGUUCAACACUUAGAAUCAGCUCAUGUAGAGAGGAUGGCUCAAACAAAAAGUUAGAAGGCAGGGAAGAAUCAAUUUUCAAAGGUUAUGUUCCAGAGGACAUCUUGAACAUAAUAUUUUGCCAGCUCCCUCUUCAUACUCUGUUCCAAGUUCAAAUUGUUAGUACUUCAUGGCAAAGUCUUAUUUCUAGCUCUGCUUACUUUCACAAUCUGUGGGAGCAGAACAAUAUGCAAAUGUGGCUAAUCAUGGAUCUUUAUGAUGAAACAAGUGGGUCUUCUAAUGGGGUUGCUCUCUAUGAUGUCAAUAGAACGCUAAGGUACAAGAAGGUUUUUAAUGAUGAUGAGUGGAGAUGCAGUAACUCAGAAUGGUUUCUCAGAGCUGGAGACGGGGGCCUGUUGAUUUACAGCUGCAAGAGAAAAGGAACCCUUAGAGUGAUCAAUCCAUUGACUAUGCAGUCUCAUUGUCUUGAAGAUGCAAGACUGACCAGAAAAAGCAAGAUUUCAUGUUACAUGAAAAAAUAUCAUGAUGAUGUGGCUGUGAAGCUCAAGUUUGAUCCAAAAGAAAAGAGUUAUGAGGUGUCCAGAUUAAUUGGGCCUCCAAUAUUUGAAGUUUCGAAGCUCAAGGUAUACACACUAACACACAGUGAUAUCACAUCCAAGAUAACACUCGCCAUUUCCCAAACCAUCAAUAAUGAUCAGAGAUUUUUGCAUUCGAUGCGAGGAGUGCAGGCAGCUCCCAUUGUUGCGUCCUGUUUGCAAAUUAUUGUUGGAUUCAGUGGUCUCUGGGCUAUUGUUGCUAGGUUUUUAAGUCCACUUUCUGCCGUUCCUCUAGUAACUCUUGUGGGGCUUGGGCUCUAUUAACUUGGCUUCCCUGGGGUAUGUAUAUAGGAAUCAUUUCCCUAGACACCACUUGCUUAAACAAAUGUCUAUUUAGCUUGGAUUAAUGGCAACUUGCUUAUAAUAUUCAGCUUGAAUGAAUACUACUUGAGCAGAAUGUCAUUUUGUUUCAGUGACACUUAAUUCAUAUAAUCCUUAAUUCAGGAUCAUUGAUGGGUUACAUGGUUGCGGAACUCCCAAAUCUAGGAGAGCUUGUGUGGCUUAUUGCUAUUUGAUUUGGUCACUUGGAGAGUAAUCUAAGUUGGAGGUUGUGCACACCUUUCAAGUUCGUAAUUUAAAUUUUUAAGGCAGUAGAGCCAUUGGUAAAUAAUUUGCAUGCAAUGAAACUGGGUGGAGCAAGACUUAAAUGCAUGCUUUUGCUUUGAGAGAUAUUAAUUAAGUUUGAAUGGAGAGAGCAUCUCAUUGAAAUGGUUUACUAGUAGAAGAUUUAGAAAACUUUUAAGCCAAUUAAUAAUUGGGCUAUUGAAUUUGUGAAUUUUCUUAUUCAAGUGAUGAAUUUUACUGGUUUUACGGUU